AUGGCCAAACCAAGAUGGCACAUACGUCCAUUAUUUCAGGAGAGAGAAUUACAUGGUCAUUAUCAUUGUUUUACAAGAGAACUGCAAUUGUAUAACUCAGCUUUAUAUUACAAUUUUAUGCGUAUAACUUCUUCUACUUUUGAAGAAUUAGUAAUUCUUGUUUCUCCCAAACUCCAAAGAAAUCCGAUUAGAAAGGAUAUUCUUUCAGUUGGAGAAAUUUUAACUGCUACAUUAAGGUUAGAAAAUAACGAUUGA